AUGGUGAAUUUCGCCUUUGGCUUCGAAUUUCCGCGUCCUAUGGGUCCCUUGGUUGAACUCAUAGAUCCUAUUGUCCCUCAGACCUACUCAAUUUUAAACGACAAACUUCAGACCUUCCUCGACCACCGCCGCAAGGUCGUUUACGUCGCGUUUGGUCAGUUAAUUGUGCCUAAACCAAGCGAAAUUAAGCUCAUCUUAACAGCCUUACUCGAAAACAUGGAAACCAAGCAUAUCGAUGGCAUUAUCUGGUCUACUCUUGGCAUUCAGGAACACUUCCCAGAUAUAAUCAACACUAGAACCAAUACAACCUACGAUAUCAACAGCUUUUUCACGAACCCUGCUGAUAACUCUAAUAUUGCCUUUGUCAACUGGGCACCUCAAGUCGCCAUUCUUCAUCAUCCCUCCACUUGCCUGUUCCUCACACAUGGUGGCGCUGGCACCCUAUACGAAUCGAUGCAUGCUGCUGUGCCUAUUGCUGUAUUUCCCUACUUCAGUGAUCAACCUGCUACAGCCAUAAGCGCUGAAGAGCAUGGUACUGGGCGAUGGUUCAAGCGAACGCUGAGUCAAGAUCAGGCAACUGAUUUAAUCAAAGAGAUUAUCGAUGAUACCGCAGGCAAAUACAGGCAUAAUAUUGGUCGAUUCAAGGCCCUGGUUCAGAUCAGAAACGCUCACUGUAAGCAGUGCGGAGCUGAUCUUGUAGAAGUCAUCUUUACACACGUGAAUGGAAAGUUGGAGCAUAGGAGAGAUAUUUGUCGAGAUUUUUGUUCUUCAAAGCAUACAACUUGGAUAUAUAUUCGUUUGUAUUGGUUUCCGUGA